CAUUACGCUGCGUCCUCUCUGACGAAACUAAUUGCGUGAGGGCUCCACGCUGCCAACUUUCCUUCUCUAGCUUGUCAGCCACAGAAACAACGUGGACAGAAUUCGAGAUCUCUCAGUUUCCAUCAACACACAAACACCGCUUUGGGCAAACAGAAACAACAUGCUGUCACUGUCACUGAAACAGCUUACUCGUCCGCUGGCGCGAUGCGUGCCCUCAGCGGCGAUGGCAGUGCGUGGGCAGCACACCAAGCAGGUGGACCAGCCGGGAGACUUUGCCCAGUGGAGUGGGCAGGAGAGCCUGGCGGAGUGUGACCCCGAGAUGUGGGACCUGGUGCAGAAGGAGAAAGACCGGCAGUGUCGCGGACUGGAGCUCAUCGCAUCCGAGAACUUCUGCAGCAAAGCAGCUCUGGAGGCCCUGGGAUCCUGCCUGAACAACAAGUACUCUGAAGGAUACCCAGGAAGGAGAUACUAUGGCGGUGCUGAGGUGGUUGACCAGAUUGAGCUGCUGUGUCAGAAACGCGCUCUCGAAGCCUUUGACUUGGACCCGGAGCGCUGGGGGGUCAACGUCCAGCCCUACUCUGGCUCUCCGGCCAACUUUGCAACCUACACCGCGGUUCUGAACCCACACGACCGGAUCAUGGGCUUGGACCUGCCCGACGGGGGACACCUCACUCACGGAUACAUGUCUGACGUCAAAAGGAUCUCGGCCACAUCCAUUUUCUUUGAGUCCAUGCCAUACAAGCUAAAUCCUGUCACCGGACUGAUUGACUACGAUCAAUUGGAGUUCACCGCUCGCCUCUUCCGUCCCAAACUGAUUAUCGCAGGAACCAGUGCGUAUGCCCGACUCAUCGAUUACGCCAGGAUAAAAAAGGUGUGCACUGAAGUGAAGGCGCACCUGCUGGCGGACAUGGCUCACAUUAGUGGACUGGUUGCAGGCAAGGUGAUCCCUUCUCCCUUCGAGUAUGCAGACCUGGUCACCAGCACCACUCACAAGACCCUGCGCGGGGGCAGGGCUGGUUUGAUCUUCUAUCGCAAGGGCGUGAAGGGGGUCGACAAGAAGACAGGGAAGGAGCUGAUGUACGACUACGAGGACCGGAUCAACUUCGCUGUAUUCCCCUCUCUACAGGGCGGGCCCCACAACCACGCUAUCGCCUCCAUCGCCGUGGCACUGAAACAGGCUGCGUCCCCCAUGUUCCAGGAGUACACCACACAGGUCUUGAAAAACUCCAAAACCAUGGCCUCCGCUUUGCUGAAGAAAGGGUACACCCUGGUGUCAGGCGGCACGGAUAACCACCUUGUCCUGGUGGAUCUGCGUCCCAUUGGGAUUGACGGUGCCCGGGCUGAAAGGGUGCUGGAGCUGGUCUCCAUCACUGCUAACAAGAACACCUGUCCUGGGGACAAGAGUGCCCUCACCCCCGGAGGCCUCCGACUGGGAGCCCCUGCCCUGACUUCCAGACACUUCAAAGAAGCCGACUUCGAGCAGGUGGUGGACUUCAUGGACGAAGGCUUCAAAAUUGCAUUGGAUGUGAAGAAGAAAACAGGUAAACUUCAAGACUUCAAGAAUUUCUUACUCAGCGACUCCGAGACAGUGGCCAGGAUAGCGGGACUGCGGCAGCGAGUAGAGAAGUUUGCCAGGCAGUUCCCAAUGCCAGGGUUCCAGGAUCAUUAACACUGGAAAAGAGACACGCCAGAGAGCAGGAGCUGUGACAUCACAACGCAGGGCUGCUCCCAGCUGUUUCAGCUUAUUGAUCACGUGCUUUUUUUUUUAAUUAUUAUUUUACUUUCCAGCUGCUGUCAUACAAUCUUCUGCCAACUCAAAAGAAAAAAAACCUUGCAUUUUGUCGAAAUGAACACAAAAGUUAAUCUGAUCAAUAGACCUGACAGCUCUGAAGCAGUCAAAUCUCGGCAACAAGCAACUUUUUUUUUUUUUUUUUAUAAAUAAAACAGAUUUUAUUAACUGUUAGAAUCCCCAACUAACAUCUCAAACUGUUUACAGCAAUUUUUUAACCAAAAUGUAUUAAUAUUGGUACAGAGUUUCAUAGAAUUUUUGCACAUUCAUAAAAUGCUUAAUGGCUACAGUAAAUUCUUUAAUAUAAAAUACGAAAAAAAAGUAGAUAUUAACUAGAGACCCAGAACAAUGUAUACAUUGCUUUUAUAAUUUGUUUUAAUUUGUUUUGAAUGCUGUUAAUAAUGUUUUAACUGUGUAGAAAAUCUACUAAAAAGAAAAAAAGUAUGCUAUGUAAAAUCCAUUUACCUUCUGUCUCCUGUGUGUGUGUAUAUAUACAUAUAUAAUAUACUUGGCUAUCAAUUAUUUAUUUGGUUACUUGGUUUUAAAAGCACAAGUAUGUUAGCUGGGGUGCCUACAAAAUAUCGAUACCAUCUCCCCUGGGCAAUGUUGUGGGUCAUUUUAUAAUGCAUUGUACACCCAGUACAUCCAGUUGUGUAGUGAAAACCUAUUUUUAAAGGCACUAAAUAAUUAAUUUCAAGGUUAGAAGGCCAUCAGUAAUGUUGCUCCCUUUUAAAUUCAGUCAAUUUCAAAGAUAUUUUGGAGCUAAAACUGUCUUUUGGGUGAUGUCAGUUUAAGAUAACUGGAAUAGUCCACGAACAUGGUUUUAAAAGGAGAUUUCCGUGUUCUAAAAGUGUGCUGUAAUAAUAAAUCAAGCCUUUUAUUAAAUGAACUUAGUAGCCUACAGAAA